UGUUGCUGGCUCCUCUGGAGGCGUUGAUCUCACACAGCGCCAAGCGGCAGAGCAGAGUGUAUCAGUGAAUCUCUCCCAAGUGCGCUCAGACCACACCAGACAAGACUCGGUAAACGUAGCGAGGAACACAUUAGGAACGGAACGCACUGAAAGGACUUAAGGCACAACGCGUAACUGCAAAGCGCACGCCCGACAGCGGCUGAAGGAUGCUGUCAAGCCGCUCCGUGGUUGUGGAGUGCGGGUAGUGCGCACCGCGCUGCACCGGGUUCAGGUCGCGCGAACGGACGCUCCGGUGCCUCGGUUGGACAGCCGUGUUUGUGGGCUUUCCAUCACACUGGACUUUUGGUUCCAUGCCUGCUCAUCAGUUGUCGAUAUUUUGAAAGGCAUCGGUGUGCAGUAUUUAUUUAACGACUUUCCCCCCUGAAAGCCACAGUGGUAGUUUCAACUACGCGGCUUCAUUUGGACUUUUCCUUGUUUCCAGUAUGGGACCUUGUACAAAAAAAUCGCUCUGGGACAUUUGACAUUGGACUGGAAUAAUGAAUUAGUUGACAGAAAUCGUUAUAUUUCCCCUUUCGAUCGCUCCAGCUCGUCUGUACUCUCCUAGUAGUUUGUUGGUGAAAUGUUUUUGUGUCAUGUUCGCUAACCCCGAAGAAGUGCGCACAGAAACUUUGGUAUCUGUCACUCAUGCAGCCAGUUAAAUAGUCUUUUAUAUUAGUAACAUAGCGGUAUUUUUGUUUACUUAAUCAACGACUAAAAGAAGAGCAGUCAAGUGCACGCAUAAGUAAGGGAACAAGAACACAGUUUGCGUGCGUAUUUGGACACAGUCUGUCUCCCUUCUCUUUUUCCGCGUCCUUGGAGAAAAUGAAAAACAAAAAUAAAUGAUCCACAAUGAGAACUUAUAUGGUGAGUUUUAACAUUUGAAGUAGAAAAGGCAGAUUGGUUAACAGUGCGGUACAACAAUUUGAAUAGACUUUGUAUAUGUAUUUUUUCCCUUUGCUUUUGGGGACAGACAGAAAAACAGACAGUGUGCCGAUGUCUGGCAAACUGGCCGUCAUGUGGGAUUGAUUGCAGGGGAGUAUGUUUGGGCUGGAGCAGUUUGGUUCUCAGAUUAAUAGCAGAAAGCCUGGCCAGUCAGAGAGAAACAUAAACCAACCGAGACUGAACAUGGGCUCUCAUUAUAAAAGCCCAGGUUUUCACGCUGGAGGCCCACCAGGAGCUGUGGAACCCGGCAUGGGCCCUCUAAGCGAGUCACAAAUGCUUGGGCUCAAUAUGAACCUGAACGGAGAGCAGUAUGGGGGCUUUCACCAGCGGGGCCACUCGGACAUGCAUGCAGGCGGCGGACUUCAGCAGCAGCAGCAAGGACCCAUGCAUGGAUUUUUUAACAACCAGCAACCUCAUCAAGGACAUCCUCAUGGCCAUCAAUCUCACCCCCACCAACAUCACCCUCAUUUUAGUGGGAAUUUUGGAGGCCCAGAGCCAGGGUCAUCCUGCCUGCAUGGUGGCAGGCUAAUGGGCUACAACAACAAUAUGGGACCACAGCAGGGUUUUGGAGAAGGAUUUGAUCCUCUGGCUGAGGGACAGGCAGGGGAUGGUUUUCCCCAGCCAACUGGCAGCCAUGCUGUCCCUGCCCCCUGUCUACCCCUGGACCAGUCACCUAACAGAGCAGCAUCCUUCCACGGUCUCCCUUCCUCAUCCUCCUCCUCUUCUGAGUCUCAUGGCUUGGAACCUCGGCGAAUGCCUAACCAGGGAGCUGUGGAAGGAUUAGAUUAUAACUUCACAAGUGAGCCGCCAUCUGGACAUUUUGAUGUACCUGUAUUUUCCCCAUCAGAAUCAGAAUCUCAGUUACCCCAUUUUGGGCCAGGAAGGCCGGUUCCCAGUGGGAAUUUCCCAGGGAACCCUGGCAUGCCAAGGACACCAGGUAUGCAGGGCAUCUCUAAGGGACACCAGCCGCCACCACAGCCCCAGCAACCACAGCAUGGAGUGUUUUUUGAGCGUUUUGGAAAUGGCAGGAAGGUGCCUGUGGGAAUGGAGCCAGGGGUCAGUGCAAGACAUCCUCUCAUGCAGCAGCAACAACAGGCUGGGUUGCUAGCCAGACAGAACUCAUGCCCCCCUGGCCUCCCCCGACCCCCUCAGGCUGAGCCUGGUUCUUCUAACCCCAACAUUCUGGAUGGAGGGGUCAUGAUGCCUGGCCAACACAACCAGUUUGAAUAUCCCAUUCACAGACUGGAAAAUAGGGGUCUGCACCCCUAUGGGGACCCCAUGUUUAAUAUGCAACAGCCAGCUCCUCCCCCCUCCCAACAACCCCCAAAUCAGAGGCUGCAACACUUUGACUCUCCUUACAUGAACAUGGCAAAGAGGCCUAGAUUUGACUUUCCUAAUGCACACAGCAGUGAAGGCUGGUGUGGUGGUAUGGAUAACCACCUCUCUCCGUCCGCCUACCCUGGGCUGCCUGGAGAGUUCACCCCACCUGUAAGUGAAGGUUUCCCACCUGGUCCCCUGCAGCAUCCGGCUCCUGAGCAGCAGUCUCUGCAGCAGCGUCAGAAUGCAGCCAUGAUGAUUAAACAGAUGGCUUCUCGCAACCAGCAGCAAAGGAUGAGGCAGCCCAGUCUGCAGCAGCUGGGUCACCAUGGAGAUGUACCUCCUGGCCCAAUGGCUCACGGAGGCCCAGUGGGGAGCAUGCCCAACUUUGACAGGGAGAAUGGUGGCAGGAUGCCCAACAUUGAUGGACAAAAUCCACAUGUAACUCAGGAGAACUCCUGGUUCCAAGGGUCGCACCCACCAGGGGAGUUGAUGUCACGGCGUAUGGGUGGAGCGGGUAAUGAAUCAGGGCCUCAUGACAUGGGGCUACAGCAGAAUGGUGCUGGAAUGAUGUUUAGGCCAGGUAUGGGCAUGCAGGAGCCCAUGAGAAUAACGGGAGAUGGGCAUGUGCAGGCUCUCCAUUCUCCAGGCAUACACUCACAAUUCAGUGGUAACAUGGGCAACCUCUCACAGAUGCAGUCUCCAGGAGGAGGAACAGGGCAUCCAAAUGCACCAGCAGAGAGGCGGCCAGCUGACUUUCCUGCACCUCCAAUGGGAGCACAGCCAACAUUUCCCUAUGGGGGGACUAACCGUCAGGGACCAGCCCAUAGUGCUCCCCAGGGGGUGAGCACCUCACCAGGGAGCUACCCUCCUCAGCCUGAGUUCCCCUCAGGCCAGCGGUCGUCUGUUAGUAAGCUUGGAGCUCUGUCCCUUGGGAACUUCAGCAAAACCAGCACUAAAGACAGUGUUUUUGGCCAGAGCUGCCUGGCGGCCCUUUCCACGGCCUGCCAAAACAUGAUUGCUAGCCUAGGGGCCCCGAAUCUUAAUGUAACGUUCAACAAGAAGAACCAAAAUGAGGGCAAGAGAAAACUGAGUCAGACAGAGCAGGACAUUAAUAGCAGCACAUCUAAUGGGACUGGCAGUGCUGGUCCUGAAUAUUUUCAGAGCAGCACUUCCCAGAACAACCAGAUGCCUGGCACUGGGAAUAGCAACUCUAAGCCUGCAAGUCAAAGCCAGACGGUGCAGGGGGAAGCCAGUGCCCUCUCCCCAAAUUACAACAUGGAUGCUACCCCGUGCAGUGAGGGGAAAGCAACAACAGGGAGUGGGAGAGGGAGAGGGAGGAGAAAAAGAGACAGUGGACAUGUGAGCCCUGGAAUUUUUUUUUCCUCUGACAAUGGUAACCCUGUUGUAAGUCCAGGCCAGCAGACCCCCUCGGCUGGCGUUGGGGAGAGGGGUGGGGGUACGCCCCUUGAGAAACACCUCCAAUCACCCUCCUGGGGAAAAGGAGGUGACCUUAUGUUGGGGGACCAGGCUGACCUAAUGUCUUCUUUGGACAGUGGCAUUCAAAGUGUCGCCAAAUCUGACAGUAGCUCACCACGAGUGGACUUUCCUGACGAUGUCAGCACCCACUUUGGCAAUGAGGAUGAGGUGUCCUCCAGCUCAGAUGCAGGAGGGACCUCAGCCACCAAGCCUAAUCGCAGCCCUAUGCUCACGGGCUCACCCAAAAUGCAGAGGAGUGACCAUGCAUUGGUAAAUGGACAGAAGCCCCUAGGUAUGGGCAUUAACAAUCAUAUUACCUCAACACCAGAUAGCUAUGGACUGAAUUCUGGUGGGGCCACAGGGGCCAGCGGGGUGAGCCACCCUGGCACUCCUGGGGUGGAUCAGGUACGCACCCCAUCCAGCACCUCUGGCCAGGAAGAAAUCCAUCCUCUGGAGAUUCUGCAGGCCCAGAUCCAGCUACAGCGGCAGCAGUUCAGUAUCUCUGAGGACCAGCCCCUGACCAUGAAGAAUGGCAAAAAGAAUGGCGACGGUCCCUCACAGAACGGAGACAAUGAGCUGGCGAGCUGCAGCCCAGAUGCUGGGAAGGGCUCAAUGGGCACUAUUGACCUUGACACCCUCAUGGCAGAGCAGCAUGCCACCUGGUACGUGCCCGGUGACAAGGCCAUGAUGGAUGGAUCUGAGGAUGACAAGGCCAUGGGACCCUGGGAAAAAAAUAAGAGCCAAAACAACAGUAAAGAAGAAUCUGACCUGACCCAGAGUAAGGUUGGAGCUGGGGCCCCAGGGGCUGGAGGAGGAGGAGGCGGUGGGAGCAGUGGAGGGAACCACCUGCAGUGCCUGUCUGUCCACUGCACUGAUGAGCUGGGUGACAGUAAAGGCCGAGGGGGGCCUGUCUCAUCCUGGCGCUCUCUCCACUCUGAUAUCUCCAACCGAUUUGGGACAUUUGUGGCCGCACUGACUUGAACAAAAAUCAGGCCUAGCAGGAAGAAGAAAAGAAGAUCACAAAAUGACAAGAAGGAAAGUUUCAGAGACAAAUACUCUUGAUGAGGAUGAUGGUGAUAAGGUGUCGAUGAGGCAACUGCAAAGCAACUCUUGCCUGUUCAGGGAGAGAAAGACAUUUACACAUAUAAAUGCAAACAUGAACAUAGACGCUCACUCAAGCACACACCUACACACAUGCACAUACCAUGUUAUUUUCUGACACGUGCAGUCACACUUUCAGAUGCUCUCUCACAUACUGCUGGACAAUACAAUGUGGGCUCUGCUCAACAAUACCCACAUCUGGAAAACCUCAAAUCAAUAUUUUUUUUCUUUUCUUUUCUUUCUUUUUUGUUGAAGAAAAAUAAAGAAAUGUCAACAGAGGAGAAUACAAAACCAGAGGAAACAGAAGAACAGAUAUUCAGUUGUCAUUGGCUGUGAUUGUGUACCCCCCACCCCCCUCCUGCCCACCCCUCCGACCCAAAUGUACAAUGUCUUUAUACACAGGAACACCGCGUUCUCCCUCACACUCAUAAUGAGGUCGACUGGUUGAUUAGCAGUGGCCUGAACACUGAGGACUAGAGGAAGAUGGGACGAGGGGUGAUUAUGCAUGAAUGUAACUCAUCCAUUUUUUUCCCAAUCCUUAUCAAAGAAUUUUUGUACCUUUAUCAUUUGCUGCUCUUGAUGAUUUAAGAUUUGUUGUAGUUCUCUAUUCAUUAUAUUGGUGAGAAUAUCUUUCCCUCAUCCUCUUCUCUUCUCACCUCUGCUAUUGACUGUACGAGUCCAACCACUUGUAUACAAUUCAGCCAAUGAGAACUGAAAAUUGAGGUCAAGAGAUUGUUUAAUAAGGAAAUUGAAAAAAAAAAGACUAUUGGUAUUGCACAUGUAUAAUAAGAGAAAAUUUGCUGUGUGUUAGGCAAUCUUGUAAUCUUUAAAUAAAGCUUCUGUUGAAUUUGAAUUUCUGAAACAAUAGAUGGAGGACUGUGACGGCAAUUUACAAACUGAUUUUUGUUUUCUUUUUUUUUAAUAAUAUGUAAAGUGCAGUCGUCUGUUUUCCUGCAUAUUGUAUAUAUCUGUAUAUGUUUUAUUGAGUAACUAAAUAACAAUAAAUAUGAUGUUAAAGGUG